UGCGCACCUACUAUACGGAAGUUUUGAACCUCAAGCUUUAUAACUAGUACCUGGAGUUUACAGUGUAUAUUCACGCGAUAUUUCUGCUUUACUUAAGAUCGACGUUGUUUGGUUUUACUGUUUUUUUUUUAUAAAACCAUAAAUAAAAUACGUUGAUAGGCAAGAAUAGGUCAAAUGUGGGUCAUUUUAGGUCGGCCAUAAACCAACGAAAGCGUUGACAGCUUUUCCGUACACAACAGUGCGUCAGUCGUGCUGCCAUGCCCUCCGCUGAAGCAGCGCCGAAGAAAAAACACGUUCGUUUCGCUAAGAUGGAAGAGGGCAUUGACCACGACGAGCAGGAAGAGGAUACGCUUUUCGACAAACGUAAAGACGCGAAGAAGGGACUGAAAAGCGCUCUGAAGGGAGGCAAAGGGGUACUGAAGCCAGGGACUGAUCAGGUUGAUGUAGUUGGUAAUACUGGGGCAUGCGGGCGAUGGCUAGUCAGCCUAGCGCUUUGCGCGUCUUUUCUCGGUCUGGGAAUGGCCAUCUCUGUAUUGGGCCCUACCUUUGAAGACCUGGCUGUCAAUGUCAACAAGAACAUCAGUACUUUAUCCUAUAUAUUUGUGGGUCGUUCAUCUGGAUAUAUUGGAGGUUCCCUGUUAGGAGGGAUCCUGUUUGACUGUGUGAAUCCCCAUCUGCUUUUGGGCUUCUCAUUGUUAAUCACAGCAUUUGGGAUGUCUGGUACUCCUUUCUGUAAAAAGGCUUGGCUGCUCACUGUUUUGAUGUCCGGUGUGGGGGUGUCAAUGGGAGUUUUAGAUACAGGCGGUAAUGUUCUCAUACUGAAUACAUGGGGAGAACAAGCUGGACCUCACCUGCAGGCUCUGCACUUUAGCUUUGCUGCUGGAGCCUUUGCCUCUCCAAUCAUAGCCAAGCUGCUCUUUGGCCACAGUUCCGACAAUGUCUCCACUUACACGUCUGGCCAUGCCUCCAAGACCUUCAAUGCCAUCUUGCCAGCUUCCCAUCUAAAGAGCACCACUCUGGAUGGCCCACAUGGAUGUUCCAUGUGGGCCUACAUCGUGAUUGGUGCUGUUGUUUUAUUGGUGUCGCUCAUCUUUUUUUUCCUGUACUUCUGCAGUUCCCCCAAUUCGAAUAGGGCAAAAACACCUUCAGGAAAGCAGCUGUUCUCCAAACACCAUAACAUACUUGUACUCCUGCUGUCCUUGUUCUUUUUUUUCUAUGUUGGAAGUGAGGUGGCGUACGGUUCCUUUAUAUUUACCUAUGGCAAGGACUAUGUCAAAAUGAACCCGGUUCAGGCAGCAGGACUGAAUUCACUCUUCUGGGGAACGUUCGCGGCUGGUCGUGGUCUAGCCAUAUUCUUUGCAGCUUGUCUUCGCCCAGGCACCCUGAUCCUACUGAGUCUAGUGGGCACCACAGUUUCCGCGCUCCUGCUUUGUCUUUUUAGCCGAAAUACCCCUAUGCUCUGGGCGUGCACUGCUAUAUAUGGUGUCUCUAUGUCUACCACGUUUCCUAGUGGAAUUUCAUGGGUUGAGCAGUACACGACUGUGACAGGGAGGUCAGCUGCGGUGUUUGUGGUGGGUGCAGCUCUUGGAGAAAUGGUUCUGCCAGCUCUCUUGGGCUUCUUACUGGGGCAGGUGCAGAAUCAGCCAUUGCUGAUGUACCUGGCACUUGGCACAUCCACCUUCACUUCUAUCUUGUUCCCUGUCUUGUACAAAUUAGCAUCACCAGGAGGGGACGCCACCUUGCGGAAAACACCAGGGAAACGCACCCAGGAUGCUGAUAGUGAGUACCGGCAAGCACUGCUGGACAAUGCGGAGGAAGAAGAGGAGCAGGAAAAUGAAAGUGAAGCUGACCAUUGGAAUGAUGCCGACUUUGAGGUGAUCGAGAUGGACGAUGCCAGCCUAUUGAGCUCUCCUUCUAAAGCCUCAGUGCCACCUGAUGUUGCAGCCAGUGCACUUGCUGCCCAAUCAGUGACCGCCCCAUUGCCAGCACCCUCAAGAGACCCCACAACCCUGGCCUCUCUGUCUCACACACUGCCCUUUUCCACAGACUCUCCCAGACGCAAACUGUUAAUGUCCCUCAACAGGGAGAAGAAAGACUAAUAUGUUGCACUUCAUCAAAGAAGUCUCAGACUUUUUGCUCUUAGCCAGGAACUGAGAAGUGGCUGCUUUUUUUUUUUUCUUGGGUGAAAAGAUCACACUAAGCCAGUUGAUUUGGUACUUUCUAAAUGCCAACUGCAUGUUUGACGUUCAUAACAUAAAGCAACAUAACCCACACCAAGCCUGUUCCUGCUCACCACUUGUACAGGAUUAUCCUAAAGAAGUGUAAUUAGCAUAUUGUACAUUUUACUGAGAAUUGUCCUGUUAUUAUAGAUCAGCCUAAUUAUUGGACACAAAUGUAUAUUAGGAUGUCGGACUAUAUCUCUUCUCUCAUUUGUUAUUGUUGAUUAAUUGACCAUGAAUUAAAGUAUUUUGUACAAUGGUAACCAGCACAAUUAGUCCACUAGUCUGUGAAAUUAAGACAAGCAUUUUUUGUAUUGUAUGGUCAGAAUGAAUGUAUAAAGUUAUAUUAAUAUUUUGAUGAUGAAGUCUUUGUUGAAAGUCCUUACCUUUUAUGCUUACAAAAUAUUUAUUUUCAUUUUUCAAAUCAUACUUGAUUGUUAAUUAAUAAAUAUUAA